UUGGAUUAAAUCGAAUACUGAAAGUAAUGUUCGAAUUUAAAAAUAAUAUAAUAUUUUGAAUUAUUUUGUCUUAAUUAUGGGUAGUGAUGGAAUUCUUAAAAAUAAACACAAACGAAGAAGAGAAUUGAAAAAAUAUUAUAAGCGUAAAGAAUUGGAUCCAAAAAUUUUAAAAACAUUACCCGACGAAAUACAGAAAGACACUUCAUUGUUGAAAUAUUGGCAUUCUAGGUAUAGGUUGUUUAAAAAAUUUGACCAAGGAAUUAAAUUAGACAAGGAAAGUUGGUAUUCAGUGACACCGGAAGUAAUAAGUUGCAUGAUUGCUAAACGAUGUACAUGUGAUUUGAUAAUUGAUGGAUUUUGUGGUGCUGGUAGCAAUACUAUUCAAUUUGCAUUAACUAGUAAAAAAGUUAUUGCAAUAGAUAUUGAUCCGAAGAAAAUAGAACUUGCACGAAAUAAUGCUGAGGUUUAUGGUGUAUCAGAUCGCAUAGAAUUUAUUAUUGGAGAUUAUUAUGCUUUGGUUCCCACUUUAAAAGCGGAUGUUGUAUUUUUAUCACCACCAUGGGGUGGCCCCUCGUAUUCCAAAAAAAAAACUUUUAGUAUUGAUGAUAUAAUGCCAAGUUACGGAGGUGGUAAAUACCUUUAUGAAUUAACUCGUCAGGUAACUAAAAAUAUUGCAUUUUUUCUCCCAAGGAAUAUUGAAGACAAGCAAUGUGUUUCUUUAGCUGGCCAAGGCAAUUUGGCCGAAAUAGAAAGUAAUUAUUUGAACAAUAUACUGAACUCAAAAACAUUGUACUACGGAGAUUUAAUUAAAACUGAUAAUAUUAGUAUCUAAAAUAAAUAAAUAAUAACACAAUGUUCAAUUCAUGAAUAAUUUAAGAUUUUGUA